AUGGAGGACGACAAAUUGGCGGCGUACUAUGACGAGUUAACUCAGAAAGGCGGUGGCGCCGCCAGAUUCAAACAAGGUCUUGGAUUCUCUUCCAAUACUCCUGCCAACAACACUGUUACACCCAGAGGCUCCGCUCUUCCUACCACCUCAUCUUUUCUCAGCAGUUUCGUCAAAGCCUCCAGUCCCACCACCUCCUCCAGUCUCCAGAAACAAGCCCAGCUCGAGUCUAUCCAAAACAAGCUUAACAAAGCACCUACCGUAAAACCCCCAAACCAUGAUAAAAGUAGUCGAAACCCAAGCCGCCGGAGCCGGAGUCGGAGUCCAGAUAAAACUAGAGAUAGACAUGCAAGACGCCGUAGCAGGAGCCGAAGCCGAAGCCCAGUUAGAUAUUCUAGGCGCCGGAGUAGGAGCAGGAGCCAAAGCCCAAAUAGUUAUUCAAGGCAUCGUCACCGGAGUCGGGAUAGGCGGGCAAGGCGAAGGAGCAGUAGCCGGGAGGAUUAUGGGUCAAGGCGUAAACAUCAGUCUAGGAGUAGGAGCAGGGAAAGAGACAGAGAGAGGAGUAAGAAGAGGUCGAGGAGCGGGUCGCCAGGGCAGAGGGCGGAGAAGUGUAGAAAGCGUGGGGAGAAGAAGAAUGGUGGUGGGGGCGGAGGCAGGGUUGAUUACACUAAACUGAUUGAAGGUUAUGACAAGAUGAGAAAAAAGUCAGAUUCUGUGACUUUGAAUUUGAUAGUGUGCAGAUUCAACAAGGGUUGGCAAUAUAAAUUCGAGCAUAGUGCAGGAGGUGAAGUUUUGUUCUCCAACUGUAUAGUUGAAGUUCCCUACCCAGCUAAUGUUGACUCUGAAAAGGAUGAAAGCAUGGGAACGGGAUCUGGAUGGGAGCGAUUUGACUUCAACAAGGAUGCCCCUCUGGAUGACGAGGAAAUCGAAGCUGUGGAGGAUGAUGCAGCAUUAGUCAAGCACUUGGGGCAAAGCUUUCGGUUUUCUGUAGUGGAGGCAAAGAAAGAGGAAGAUAUCAAAGCUGCUCAUGACGAGGCGAUGUUUGGGGCCCCUUCACUGCCACUAGAUGCAGAAACAGAUAACAAAGAAGAAGAGGAUAAUGAUACAAAUGAGGUCAUUGAUAGUCCACCCGUCAAAAGUCUUCUUAGUAACCAGGUAAUAACAAUGCAACAAGGCUCAUGGCGUGAUCGUGCGCGUAAAGGUUGA